AUGGCUGUGAAUUUAUCUGUCAUUAGCUUCACUAACACAGUAUUACCGGCAGAGCUGAUGAAGGCUAUGCUUCUCGGGCUGGCAAGUAAUCAACAGUUGAAGCCGUUCCACUUGGACAUAAGUGGUACGUGUGAGAAAAAUUGUAGUCCUGUGUUGGAAGCUUGUCUGGGAGGUGUUCAGUGCAGCAGCAUUUCCCUGAGGGAUAACAACUUGGAAACUGAAAUGCAGGCUGUUAUUCAUGCCCUUGGCAAUAUAAGAACAUUACGCCGGGCUGAUUUGGGUGGUGCAAAUUUUAUAGCCCUGCGCCGUUCGUCGAAACAAGCCCAUGCUUCGAUUAUUAACAAAACGAUUCUCGAUAUAGUGAAACUGUUUUCCGACGAUUCCCUAUGCUGUCUGGAGGAGUUGAUCUUGUCGGAUGCACGUCUGGGGCCUCACCUGAGUGUCCUUCUGAACACACUCGGAGCAACAACAUCACUUCGACUUCUUGACAUAUCAAAUAAUGAUUUGGGACAUUUUGGAGCAAGGAUCCUUUCAAAGGCUCUUCAACUGAAUGUCUCCUUGCGAACGAUAAUCAUCGACAAUAAUCACUUGGGUGUCGAGGGACUGUCUGACAUUGCAGCGGCGUUGAGCAUGAACAGAACUCUUACUUCAUUGCCUUAUCCCGUUCAAGACGUCUGUGAAUGCUUAGCAAGGGCUGGAUGUGAUCGGCUACGAGGAGUAGACCCCGGAAAUUUGGAAAAAUGGGAUGGCCUGGGAGAUGUUCUGAAUAAUUCAACAGAGGAAGCGUUUCCACACCGUCUAGAUGAUAUGGUUGAGGAUUUUGUUGAGCAGGUACGACGGGAAUGUAAGCUCAAUUUGCAAGAAUCCUUUGCUUGUCUCGGUGGCGCUGCUGGAGAAUCCCUUCAAACAUCUGGAAAGGCAGAACGAAUAGCCGUCAGUAGAUUAAAGGAACUGUGGUCGGAUGAUCUCAAGAGAGUUUUGAGUGACUGGCGAUGGCGUGAAUUGUGCGAACAAAGUGGGAUGUUGGCUGAAAAGCUGAGCGGUGGGUUAGAUGGCAUUUCGAAUGCAAGUGCUUCACAGAAUGGCUCACCUCGACAGAUCACUUCACCAAAUAUUUCGCAUCGAGGCGCCGAUUCGAUACAUCACAGGCCUCGUAGCAUUAUUGGCGAGCUACAUUCACCUCUUGGAUCCCAGCCAACACGAGAGGACGAGCCUGGCAUUUCCCUUGACUCACCACCACAGCCGUCGGCCCUGGUUCAUUUGCAGAAAUCUCGCCCAAGGUUGCAAAGACGCUCUGGAGGACAUGCGCGGCAACCGCAAUUGGAGGAAACACCGAUGAGUCGAAGCACCGAUAUUGAAGAGGAGGUCCAGUCGACGAAGAGUGAGGACAGUGGAGGUGGUGGCGAUGUGGUUGCUAAAAAGCAUCCCUCGGAACGAGCCGGUUUUCGCGCUGCCAUGGUACCAGAUGCAGCUCUUUUAUCGCAAGCUGUCCUGCGUUCGGCUGCAGAUCGAGCAAUGUCACCCAAACCAGACCCUCCGCUUCAUAACACCGGUAUCAGCUCACCUGGUCCUUCAUCUUCCCCACGAGUUACUACGGAAGCCGACUCCCCUCCCCCACUACCGCAUCGAAUGAAGAGUCUACCCACUACUGCUCCCACUCUUCCUCCGAAACCAGCCUCUCGUAUGGGACUAACUCCAGCUACAUCCCAAGUAGUUGCCGAGUUAAGUGAAUCCAACGAUGAAAAUGCGAAUAAUCGUCGAUCUGUCGCUGAUAUGGCAAGAAUUUUCGAUCGGUAG